CUAGGCGUGUUUCCUGCUACCAUUGACUAAAACCGAGAGCAGGCAUCCUGCGGGAAAAACAGCACAUCAAACAGCUUUACAUGGUCGCAGCCAUACAGGCGAUUAUUUUUUAUAUUUUUAAAGGAUUUUUUUUUUUCAUCCACGUGAAGACAUACUGAUCAUGUCCAACAGCACGUUCAUUGUAUAAUGUGCGCGCACACGGAGCAGCUCGCCUGUACGGUCAUUUUAUGAUUUAUCGAGAUGAUAUGAAUGUCAAUCGGUCAAGGUCCGCUCUCCCCAUGCAACAGCCACGGCUGGAUUGUCAAGCCUCUGGUGGGAAACAUCUGCCGCAAGCGUUUGGAUGAAUUUUCUAAUAAUCUGCACAUAUUAAGUGUCCGGUGAGAGGAUUGAGAUUGAGCAGCGUGGGAGCCGCACAUUUGGGAAUGACAUGCUGCAGUGAAGACGGCAAACUGGAAAUAAUAAGGAUUAGAAAACAUUGAGGAUGUGACUGCGACACUUUUAAAAGACAAUGAACCACAGCCCUGUGCAGAAAUCUUUAAUAUCACUGAGUGAGAGUCACAUUGACUGAGCGGUAUCUGUAAGAAUAUAUGAGCGCAAACACCCAUCGGUUUAUUGUCUGACUCGUUUUACAGUAUAACAGCUGACAUUAACCCAAAAGAAACACUGAGCACAACACCAUGUCGGCGGUGAUGAUAACACGAAAGGUGCGAAAAUGGGAGAAGCUCCCGGGGAAAAACACUUUCUGCUGCGACGGACGGGUGAUGAUGGCCCGGCAGAAAGGAGUCUUCUACCUGACCCUGUUCCUCAUCGUCGGGACCUGCUCUCUCUUCUUCGCUUUCGAGUGUCCAUACCUAGCUGUCCAUCUGUCUCCUGCCAUCCCAGUUUUCGCUGUCCUGCUCUUCCUCUUCGUCAUGGCCAUGCUACUGAGGACCAGCUUCAGUGACCCUGGGGUGCUGCCACGGGCACUCCAAGAGGAGGCCACAUUCAUCGAGAUGGAAAUCGAGGCUGCCAACGGGAACGUCCCCGCAGGGCAGCGACCCCCGCCUCGAAUCCGCAACGUUCAGAUCAACAACCAGAUCGUCAAGCUCAAGUACUGCUACACCUGCAAGAUCUUCCGACCUCCUCGAGCAUCUCACUGCAGCAUCUGUGACAACUGCGUCGACCGAUUUGAUCACCACUGUCCGUGGGUAGGCAACUGCGUGGGCAAGAGGAACUACCGAUACUUCUACCUGUUCACCAUGUCCCUCUCCCUGCUCACCAUUUACAUCUUCACCUUUAACAUUGUCCACGUGGUGAUGCGCUCAGUGGAUAAGGGUUUUUUGAACACUCUGAAGGAAACACCUGGAACUGUCCUGGAGGUGUUGGUGUGCUUCUUCACCCUGUGGUCGGUGGUGGGACUGACUGGCUUCCACACCUACCUGAUCUCUCUCAAUCAGACCACCAACGAGGAUAUUAAAGGAUCCUGGUCGGGAAAGAACAGAGUCCAAAACCCGUACAGCCACAAGAACAUCGUCAAAAACUGCUGUGAGGUGCUCUGCGGGCCAACAUACCCGAGCGUCUUGGACAGAAGAGGACUGAUGCACGAGGAUUCGUCUGUUCCUGCAGCAUCUGCUACAUGCACCACCACCACCACCACUUCGAGCAGCUGCAGCAGCAGCAGCAGCAGCAACCCAGUGCCACAAACCACGCAUGCACUCCUCUGCUUCCAGAAACCCACAGCUCCACUCAUCCCCAAUGAGCACACACCUGAUGAUGCCAAGCCGAGCAUUGCUGCCUCGGCAGAGAGGAGCCCCUCCCCCAAAGAGGAGCACCCUCCUGCUUCGAAGGUCCCACCUCUGGCUUCGCCUGAGACCGAUGCAGAAACAUCCCUCGCCAAGGACAAGACCCAUUAGCUGCAUGAGGGGGCGGCUCUCGUCGUAGCCACUCUCCUAGCAUCCUGCCUGGUCGGGGAACUGAAACAUUAAUAAUCGACGUGUGAUUACUGUGCGGGUGACUCGGUUAUUCUCCUGCCAUACAUUCCACCAGAAGAGCAGAGCUUCUGCGGCAGCUCCUCCUCUUCCCUCCUCUCCUCACCAGUAACUGCAGAGCUGUUUGACUGACACUUACUCCUGCAGGAGGAGGAGUGAUUUAAUGGAAAGUCAGCUUCCUCUGUCUCCUGAACACUGCAUGGAAAAGACACACGGGGGGAGAAGCUGCUGGGAGAACUGCAGAGAAAAAUAACCUCUACAAGCGUAUGACACCUGUGGGCUGCCCUGAUUGUCAAUACUACUUUUGUUCUUUAUUUAAAAUUGCAUAAUGACAUUUAUUGUGACAGGCCAGUUCAAAUAUACUCCUUGCAAGUGUCUGGCAAAGACAAUAUUACUACUGGACAUGUAUAAAACUUCAUACAGUCAGUUCUCUGUUGUGUGCACAUUACAUGCCCUAUGCAAACCAUGAGAAAGCUGGACAAGCAGCAGAGUGUGGAAAGAAGGUUUACAGGUGUGAGUCUGUGAGGACAUGCAAAUCCUUAGCUGAGAUACCCUAAAGGCUCCUUCCAGGCAAGUCAAAAUCUACCUUGUAUUCUGAUAUUGCUGCAUUCAGUACUGUUGUUACUUACGUGCAUCUUCUUCUUCUUCUUCUUCUUCUUCUUUUUUUAAAGUGAUCUGAUCCAGACCAAUGCCUGUCCUUCCAUUUUUAUAUAAUCAAAGAUGUAGUGUGACGUCGGUGCUCUAAACUAGAUGAAAUUGCUUUAUGCACAGUUAAAGUCUUGUAUCCAGGAGACGCAGAGUCCCAGUGUAUGUGUGAGAAAAGGCCUGAUUAUAGUAGACACUCGUACUAACAGUGCCUUAUCACAACGGUUGCACUAUCAAAUGCAACUGAGGUCAGCUAACAGAGAAGCCCUUGAAAUCCACUCUGAUCACUGAUACGAUGUUAAAUAAGAACUCUUUAUACACCUAUUAGUCCAGUGGUUCCUAACCCAGGGUUAGGGAUCCCCACAAGGUCAUGAAAGGAUUAAAAGCAGGACAUGUUUGUAAAUUGUUUAUUCGCUUUCUGGCGAAAAUUAGGUGAGAAGAUUGAAACCACUCUCAUGUCUGUAUGGUAUGCAUAAAGCGACAACUGGGUGAUAGUUAGUUUAGCAUAAAGACUGUAAACGAGGACCUAUAAAACUCAUUAAUUAACGUCAUAUUGCAUUUGAUUAUUAUGUACAAAACAAAGAAAUGUUUUGUGGUUUUACAGCUGUUAAGGUAACUUUUUUUUUUCCUUUUUUUUUUUUUACAUAUCAAACAAAAUAAGUGAUGUUCAGAGGAGGUGGUAGGUGGAUUUUUGAACUUUGCAUAAAGACUCUGUUUCCAGUCUUUAUGCUAAGCUUAGUUAGACAUGAAAGUGUUAUCGGCCUUCUCCUCUAACGUUCAGCCAGAAAGCAAAUACAAUGUAAUAUUAUGUAAUGAAAUGUAUUACCCAUCCGUCACAGGUCGUAAAGGUUGAGAACCACUGAAUUAAACCAUGUGAAGCAAAAAACAAGCAAAGCCAUUGUUGAAUUGUACAUAAUCUUAGCAGGUGAAGAUGUACCGAAAACUUCUCAGCUGAGGUGAGGAAAAGGGAAAGAUUGCAGCAAAGUUUUGUUUUUUUUGUUUUUUUAGCGUGGCCAGUGUUAAUUAUGUUUCCUGUGAGUUUGAGCACCUCCUCCUGCAAAACACACCAGAGCCGAUCUUCAGAUCUUCUCUCUCUUCCUGCCGUCUUUGGUCUCCUCCCUCUAUAAAAACGGCUCUCAUAUUUAAUUCCUCUUCUUCUCCUCGCAUCUUUGCCGUGACAGUUAUCCCAAGGCCGGGGCCGCUUCGACUGAAGCCGUCUGUGGCUGGCUCAUUAUCGCAGAGGGAACAAAGCCAAGGCUGAGCGGGAAAGACACUCAAUCCUUUCUUUUCACACAUCUGUGUAUUUCAGUCGGAGCACAGUCUGUAAUGUGGCUUGAGAAUUUAUUUUGUUUUGGUCACAGAUCUCUGGAGGGGACAGCAUCCACACAAAGAGAAAAAUGAGAGAAAGUAAAGCUUAAUCUUAGUAUUUAAAUGAUGUUAGCUGAUAGCGCGAGUUUGUAAUAGUGAUUGUGUUGUAUGCAAGACAGAGUUAGUGUUCGUGAAAUAUACUUGUGUAGAAAUUCUAGUGUGUCAACAGCAUUGUAUCAGACUCUGAAAUCUGCUCGAGAUGAUUUAUUAUAUUAAGAUUUAAAAGAAUUUCUCCUAAUUUCUCCUCAACUCCAAAAUAUUUGCCAAACAAAUUUUAAGAUUGUGGGAAUGUUGGCAGCUGUAUGGAUAUUUUCAUUGUACCAUGGAGUAGUUUAAAGCUCAAGACUGAUACUAGGCUAUAAAAAA